GGCGCCGUGCGCCUCGCGGGCGGCGAAACGCCCCUCGAGGGCCGCGUCGAGAUCCAGCACGACGGCGUCUGGGGGACGGUCUGCGACGAUUCCUGGGACCUGGCCGACGCGGCGGUCGUCUGCCGCGAGCUCUUCGGGUUCUCGGCGCUCGACGCGCCGCAGAACGCCUACUUCGGCGCGGGCGACGAGGACGCGCCGAUCUGGCUCGACGAGGUCGGCUGCGCCGGCGACGAGGCGCGGCUGUCCGACUGCGCGCACAACGGCUGGGGCGACGAGAACUGCGGCCACUACGAGGACGCGGGCGCGGUCAUCUGCCGCGCGAACACGCCCUGCCCGUCGCCCCCGCCGACGUACUCGGUCGCGCCGACGGCCGCGGACGACCGGGGCGCCGCGCGCCUGGUCGGCGGCGACACGGCCUACGAGGGCCGCGUCGAGAUCCGCUACGACGGGGAAUGGGGGACGGUCUGCGACGACUCCUGGGACCAGGACGACGCGGACGUCGUCUGCGGCGAGCUCUUCGGGACGUCGGCCAAGGGGCCGCCGCCGUGCUGCGCCGCCUACGGCGAGGGCGCCGCCGGCGCGCCCAUCCACAUGGACGACGUCGCCUGCGCCGGCGACGAAGCGCGCCUCGACGCCUGCGAGUUCCCGGGCUGGGGCGUCCAGAACUGCGGCCACGCGGAGGACGCGUCCGUCGAGUGCUACGCGCCG